AUGGGAAAUUGUUUCAGCACAUUGGAGCAGAACAACCGUUUAAGCGCCACUGUACUUGUUAUGAGUUUGCUGACACUGGGAGUGGAGGCGAAGAUUGCGGUUUCGGUGGAGAAUCAGGUGGUUUUGGUGGUGGAGAUGGUGCCGGCGUCGGAAGUUGAAAAAUUAAGUCAUUUUUUGUGGCAAAAUCUAAUGAUGGUGGCUUCAGAAAGGUUUGACGGAAGGACCAAGAAAGUUUCAUAUGGUGGUGGCUAUGAUGGCAAAGAUAGCUUCUUAGUUGAGUGGAAUGAAAAUGACAGAUUAGUAAAACCAACAUAUUCUAGACUUACAAACAAAGCUGUUGGGACUGUGAAAUUUGAUACUGCAAAAAAAUCAGUUUCUAGAUGUUGGUGCAGACAACCAGGUUAA